AUGUUUGAGACAGAAUCAAGAAGACCUCGGGAUGAACCAGAGAUGCAAAGAUUGACCAAGCUGAGGAAGACGGAUUCCACGGCCUCCGACUACUUUCAGUUCCCCCCACCUUCACCAGCGCCUGCAGACGAAUUUGAUGAGCUGACCAGACAUGCGAUUCCGCCUCCGUCUCCAGCAAGUGCAGCAUUUCGACCCCAAGUCGAGAAGGGCGUGAAAUACAUUGUUGUUUCUGGCGGGGUGUGCAGUUCGCUGGGCAAGGGUGUGGCAACCUCUUCGAUUGGUGCUCUCUUGCGGGGACAUGGCUUUCGAGUCACAGCAAUCAAGUUGGAUCCGUACAUCAACAUAGAUGCUGGAUUGAUGAGCCCGUCCACCCAUGAGGAUUCAUUGCAGCAAAGUUCCUUGAUUGCUUGGGGUCCUGCUGCUUCGAGAACUUGGCCAAGGAGGAUGCCAAGUGGGGAGACAAGGCUCGUGUGA